AUGCAAUUCAAACUCCUCACCAUCCUGGCUCUCACCUCGUCUCUUGUCGUAGCUGACGAGGUUGCUGGCCGUGAUCUUCAAGACGAUCUUAACUCCAUCGGCGCCGGUAUCGCCUCACAAGUGAAAAACAACAUCGACUCAUUUGCAACCAUCCUCGCCGGCGUCCCACCAGAUGUUAUGUCCGUCCUCAUUACCGCCGUUCCUCAGCCUACCGGCACUGACCUCAGUGGCUACUUCAACUCCCUCAUCAGCGAUGUCAAGGACGGCACACCUCCGGCCUGGUACACCGGCCUUCCCAACAAUGCCAAGAUCUUCCUCAGUUCUAAGGCCUCUCAGCUAGCUUCUGCAGUUCCCACCGGCCUUCUACCCACCGACGGUUCUGGUCGUACUGGCGGCCCGACAGCAACUGGCAAUGCCGCAACAACGACUGGCGCCAAACCGACCUCAAGCGCUCAACCAAAUGGAAAUGCUCCAGCCAGGCCAGCAGGUGCCAUUCUGGGCUGCAUUGCUGGAGUAGCUGGUGUGCUUGGUCUAGCUAUCCUGUUGUAA